CUUGUAUCUAGGCCCGAAGAGGUGACCCUAAAGGGUCAUAGCUAUACUAGCUCUUCUGAUAGAAAUGAUACUGCACUUUUAGAUACAUAUCGACCCGAAAAGAUUUAUUCUCAAUAUAUAAUUCGGAUGGCAGGAAAAGGUUAUACACCUCUUCGUUUGAUUAUUGAUAUUGAUGCAAGGCAAAAGCCUGAUCCUACAAAUCCUAAAGUGCCUUCCUUAGACGAUAAAAAAAUUAUACAAGAAGAUUUGUUAUCUCGAAUUUUAGUUGCUUGUGCAGAUGCAUUAAGCCUUAUUUCUGUUUAUUAUAGAGAACUUAAGGGAUUCACAGAAAAAGUUAUAGAAUUAGUUGGGGAACCUUAUUCGAAAUUUAUUGAUUAUA